AUGAGCUGUAAUAUUAUUAACCGUCGGCCUUUCUUCUUCUCAAUAUUAUUACUAUUGAUUUCCACCGCCGCCGUGUCCGUCUCCGCCGCCGUAAAGCCGAAAACUUUCAACGUGGUCAAGUACGGCGCCGUCGCCAACGGCGUUUCAGACAUUUCUCAAGCUUUUAUGAAGGCUUGGGAAGAAGCUUGUGAAUGGAAAGGAGUUAGUAGGGUUUUGAUUCCCCAUGGUACUUAUAGGUUAAACUCGGUGGUCUUUAGAGGUCCUUGUAAUAAUCUAAUGGUGGUGAUUGUUAAGGGUGUUCUUAGAGCUCCAACGGAUCCUAAUCUAUUCUUUUCCGACCAUUGGAUUAGUUUUAGAUAUCUUAACGGUCUGGUAAUCAAGGGUGGAGGUUCUUUGAAUGCUGAAGGUCCUUCUGCUUGGUCUUAUAAUGAUUGUUCAAGAAACUCUCAAUGCAAGACUCUUCCAACUACCAUGAGGUUGGAUUUUGUGAACUACUCGAGAAUACACCACAUACACUACAUCGACAGCAAAAAUGUUCAUUUGAGCAUUUUUGCUAGCAAUUAUGUAAAUGUAAGUCAUGUCAAAAUUACAGCGCCAGAGCAUAGUCCUAACACAGAUGGUAUCCAUGUUGCCGGUUCCACAAAUAUCGCCAUCCGCAAUUCCGAAAUUGGAACCGGAGACGAUUGCAUCGCCGUCCUCUCUGGUACUGAUGGACUCGACAUCUCAGGCGUCAGUUGUGGGCCCGGCCAUGGUAUAAGCAUCGGAAGCUUGGGUAGGUAUAAAGAAGAUGAGUUUGUGAAGAAUGUUCGAGUUAGGAAUUGCACUCUUACCGGCACACAAAACGGAUUGAGGAUCAAGACGUGGGCACCGUCUCUCGCAAGUCAUGCGUCAGACUUGACCUACCAAAACAUUUUGAUGAAGAAUGUUAGCAACCCUAUCUUCAUUGAUCAACAAUAUUGCCCCUUUGCUCGUUGUGAUAUUUCGGCUAAGUCGUCCGUCCAAAUAAGCAAUGUGAAAUUCUCCAACAUAUGGGGAAUGUCGAACACGAAGGAGGCGGUUAUCUUAAAGUGUAGCGGUUUGGUGCCUUGCAAGAAUGUGAAGCUCGAGAACAUCAAUUUGGCUUAUCAUGGAAGAGGAGGCCCGGCUGUUGCUCAAUGCAAAAACGUUCAUGGUGGUGCAUAUGGAGUCCAGCGCCCUUCCGGUUGCAUGUGA